AUGGACUCAGAAACAAACGCGAGACUUCUGAUAGAAUCCAUCCGGGACGAGUAUGGGCUGGACAAUUCAAAUCCAACCCAUGUGGCCCAACUGCGCACAUUGAUUGAGAUGAUUUCGAGCCAGCUCUACGACAAUGCAGUUCACUUCUUAUUGGAACUGCUUCAGAAUGCCGACGAUAAUGUAUAUUACGACGCGGAGCCACGAGUCAAAUUCACCUAUACACCUGGUUAUUUACGCUUCGAUUGCAACGAGGCCGGAUUCGAUGCGGCCAAUAUCAGAGCCAUCUGUGCGGUCGGCGCCAGCACCAAAUCAGGUCAAAACAAAUCAAGUGACGUUAUCGGCGAGAAGGGCAUUGGGUUUAAAAGUGUCUUCAAGGUGGCCGACGUGGUAUGGGUUGCAUCAGGUCCCUACAGAUUCAAAUUCGACACAAGCCAGAAGCUUGGCAUGGUUGCUCCAACAUGGGCUGAUUUCCCUGUCGAACCUCCUCCCACACAUACAUCCUUCUAUCUCCAGCUCUCGAAAGACUUCAAUCAAGACGAACUUUUCCAAGACCUAAAGACAUUUGACCCGGCACGCUUGCUGUUCCUUCGCCGCAUCAAGCCAGAUGGGCAAUCAUGGGCGGCAAAGCUCCUUCGAACGGUCUCGACCGAUCAAGAAAAGCAUAUUACCAGGAUCGAACAAGGCCCCGUGCAAUUAUCAUACUAUGUUGUUAAGCACAGGGUCGAAGCUCUUCCCCUGGAAGACAAGAGGCCAGGAUUAUCCACGACAGAGCUCCAACUUGCGUUUCCAAUGUUGGAUUCUUCGAGAGAGGCGACGCCGGGCAUGAAGUCGAGGAAAGUAUACGCGUAUCUGCCAAUUGGAGAAUACGGGCUACAGUUCAUCCUACAGGGUGACUUCCUGCUCUCAGCAAGUCGCCUCCAAAUCGAUACUUCCUCACCAUGGAACCAGACUCUUCGAGCUGCUUUGGGUGACGCGUUCCUCAAUGUCGUACGGGAAUUCAACAAAGGAGAUGAAAGGUAUCUUUGGCCCGGGUAUCUACCAGACGAGAGAACAGCCCCUUUUUUCAUACCUGCCCAACAACGAAUACGGCAAACAUUGAUGUCGAAACCCGUCGUGGAAUCCUUCGAUCAGUCGAUGCAUUGUCCCAGUGAACUCGCUCGGGUACCACUAAAAUUCAUUGGCAAGGAUGGUCUUCCGUUCAGCUUGAACCAGCAAACCGCAGGCCGAUAUUUAUCUCAGAGGUACUCCGAGUGGGCGAUAGAUGCUCUUCACACCAUUGGCGUCUCGACUCUGUCAGAUGAGCAGUUUCUGAGCGAUCUGGGUGAGAUGGUAAUUACGGCCCCAGCAUUAUUCCGCAGUCGCCAAGACGAUUGGCAUGCUGGGCUUGCAACUACAUUGGUCCCACUUACUGUCACCAAGAAGUACAGGAGUAUUCUACGAAAUAUGUCCUUGGUCCCUCUCACAGAUGGUUCUUGGGUUGCGGCAAAAACUGGUCCAGUUUUCUUCAUUGGCGAUCUUCAGCACGAGGAUUUUCCCCUUGGGGAUGCGAUUUCCAUUGUCCAUCCUCAAGUUGCAGCAAAUGGGAACAGGCACAACCUCUUAAGCAGCCUUGGCAUCAAGCCCAUUGAAAGGUCUCAGCUGUGCAGUUGCAUUUGUGAAGCUCAUUGCGCACCGAGCUUCCACUCCGAAGAGUGGACGACUACCCAGUUGGUCGCGCAGGUCAACUUCCUUUUCCAGUCUGCCCAUAGACUGCCUGAAGAUACAGACCUAUGGUUCGCCACGAUAGACAACAAACGACGUAAAGGAUCUCAGCUAUACUUUCAAGGCCACUACGGAAAAGAUUCACCCGCCGCUCGGAUAUUUUGCCAACUGAAGGAGAAGUUCCCCACAUUGCAUCCUAGCUAUACAGCCUCUGGAUGCUAUGGCAAGCCAUGGCACUCCUUUCUCACCGAUAGCCUUCAUCUCUCAGAUAUUCCACGCCUUGUCUGUAAGCCCAACCCGGGCUCCCAGUCCUACAGGCUUUCGGACGAGUUUCGGUAUAUUUUCCAGACAUGCCGACACUCCGAUGUCCUAGGGCUUCUGAACGAGUACUGGCAUACGUAUUCAGCAUGGCUUGAGCAGGAUUCUGGCGAGUCGAGUGGCGCUGCAGCAGCGCUCUUGAAAGAUAUCUCAGACGUUAUUGUGCAAACUACUGCAGGUCCUACUAGGCUACGGGACUCUGUACUUCCGGAGCUCGACCGGCGUCUGCAGAGAGAUCGUAUUCCUAGCCUCGAGAUUGAAAAGACGAUGAAUGACUUGCAAAAGCAGCGGUUGAGCCGUUUCGGAAUUGCGGUGUCCGCCAAUGCUCGGUACUAUCUCUCCUGUCUAAAAUCUAUGAGCGAUCAAAACCGUCCAGAUCUUGACACACUUUCCUACAUUUACGAGCAAAUACAAGAUCGCUAUGACAGUGACGAGGAUCUUGUCAGCACUGCUUUCCAAACUCAGAACUUCAUCUACGUAUCGUGUAAAAGUCGUAAGUCCGACCAAAUCAUCAGCUGGCUCAGCAUCACGGAAUGUCAGAAACGCAAUAUCGAUUUAGCUACUGAAUAUCCUCGGAGCCAGCAACUUUUCAAGUUUCUUUCGGUGGAUGGGACGGACGAAAUCGAACGCCUAAUCUCGAGAGCGACGAAUAUUGACCACACUCACGAUCUAGAACUUAUUGCUCAGAUCUUUGUCGAGAUCAACAACGCACUUGCAGACCUGACUCAGAAGAGAAUUGCGUCUUUGAUGAAAAAAUUCCAAAACCGCCCGGUGUUCCCCAUCAUCAAGGGCGCUAGGGAAGAGUCAUAUGACGAGUUGAAACCUCUGGAGGCCGUAGAUUGGGUAAUUGCCGAUCGUCCAUUUCUGAGGGACAGUUUUGCAGGCGAGAUGCCCCUCUUGGCUUUUUCACCGAAGCGGAUACAUUCGCUGGAAAGAUUUCUCGCGGCUUUGAAGCUGGACUCCAGAAAGCUCUCACGUCUGACGAAAGGGAACGCGACUCCCCAGGGCCGCCUCAAGUUAUCUGAAACUCACACUAAGUUCUUGCGUUCGCGGGCGAGCUUCCUCUGCGAGCUGCUUCCAGAGUCAACAAAAGACCCUUCGAAAUCGAUCCGAGAGAUCAGAGAUCUCUGUAUCUAUCAAGUCACUGAAAUCAAACAAGUCUGCACCGCCAGGUAUCGUAAUGCGGAUCACGAGGGCCGCCCAUCUAAGGGCGAAAUUGCUUUAGCAACACGGAACAACCGCAUGCAGCUGUACCUCACACGGGAAGCUUUGGCCUUCAAAACGCUUCCUUUAGAAACCGCAAAAUACAUCGCGAGCCAUUUUAGUAUGAAUGAGUCUUUUCAUCUGAGCCUUUUACAGGCUGUCAUAAGUGAAAUAGACGUCCGAAGACUCCAAAAUAACUUCGAACAGGAAGGUUUUUUCGUCGAAGUUGACGCUGAAGCCGCACUGCCUUCCCCGAACGAGGGCAAAUUGAGCAAUCAAGACAAAGACAACUAUCAGAGCUUGUCUGGCGAUGUCUUCAGCAUCCCGUCGCCUUUCGACUUCCCCAAAGAAGAUAUCGACAACAAAGAAUCGUUUGCGCGGUUCGGCACCAAAAGCAAGCGUGGUGCGAGGAGUACUCGAGGUAAGAAGGAGAAGGAAGCGAGCAGAACAGACAAACGGAUCCCGAAAGUGACGUUCACACGGAUCGACGCGCAAGACUCGGUUCUGAAGCACAGCACCGUCUCUACAGAUGAGCAACCUCCACAUCGCGAUCUCCAAUACCUAGGCGAAUGCAUGGUCUCUAGGCUUUUACAAGUGGCGCUUGGGCAGAUAUACAACCCGACUUCUCGCUGGACCAGCCCGCUAAAAGCACGAUCAGGGCUACAAUGCCGCGGAAGAUACGCAGGAUCCUCUUCAUUCACUUUCCGAGACCGAGACGGGUCCAGGGCCAUGACGAAUUUUCUAUGCGCGAAUGGCCACCCGGAUGCGGCGCGGUGGAAGCACAUGCAUCCGAACUACCACCUCGAGAUCAUGGUUUCUACGGGACACGCAAAUGGUCUCUUCCCAUGGAGCUCAGAAAAGCUCGAGAUGGCUAAGCAAUUCCAUCUACCGGAGCGGUCUGGUCCGCAUCGGAGCAUCAAGGAUGUGCUCGUUCUCAUUCAAAUCAGCAAUGUCUACGCUGAACCACAGUUUCAUCUCAUCGUUGACCCUUGGCAACUUGUCAAAUCAGGGCAAUUUGAUUUCAAAGGUGACCAUGCACUCGAGGCCUCCAUCCCCGCCCGAGCGGUCCGGCCGAUGCAUAAUGCUGCUGGGCCACGCCCUGCAGGCCAUUGGAGGGAUGCCGAUCCAACAAACGGUGGUCACCGAACUCGAGCAUUUGAACCGAGAGUUUGGGGGAACCAUCAAUCUACUGCCCAAAAAGGCGUAUCGCCUCGCUGGGCCACCGUUGAUUGGAGAACUGGCAAUGCCAGACAGUCGUCCGUCGAACUAUCUCCUCAACUGGAAAAGACACCAUCUGAGACUCAAAGUGGGACUGCUAACAUGCCUGCAACGGGCAUGACAAAUGGUCAGCAACUAUCCCCAUCACAGUCUUGGGAUACACGGUUUUCAAAUCCGCCUACCUCUACACAGACACCAACGAACCAAGCUUCCACACCGGUAAUACCGCUUGAUCGGGCCGACGCCAAGGCAGCAGUCAGAGCACCACCUAGCCAAGGGUACCACCGCGGACCCCAUGGCGAAGUGCCGGCUAUUUCAGCACUCAAUUUACCUGCCGAGUCCUCUACACCACAGUAUAAGUACCACAAACUUCCCAAGGAACACGUGCGUUUAUUCAUGCUCUUUCCAGGAAAGCAUAGCGCUCCACUCAAGGGGUGCAUCUACAGUGUGCCAUUCGAUGAUGCAGGCAUAUACCGGACGUUGUCGUAUGUGUGGGGUGACAAAGAACAACAGAUGCACACCUUGGUGACGCCAGAAGGCUCGAUCCAGAUUACCGAAGCGUUGAAGAUUGCGUUGGAGAAACUGCGCCUGCGCAAGCAAAUGGCCAUUCUCUGGAUCGACGCUCUCUGUAUCAACCAAGCCGACCCGGAGGAGAAGGCGCAACAGAUCUUUCUCCUGCCCGAAAUCUUCCAGAAUGCGGCUUGCACGUUGGCUUUCGUCGGUGCCGAUGGCGACGGCGACGCCGCCAUCGAGAUGCUGCUGCAAGUACGCGCGAAGGAUGUGGUCAAACGCAAUCCCGACGCAGGGUGGCCCGAGGGCAUUCCCGUGGUCGACGACUCGUGGGAAACCCGCCGAACGCCACCCCUCGAUGCAGCGAUCUGGGUAGAUGUCAGAGCGUUGUUCAGCAGGCCCUGGAUUCGACGCGCCUGGAUCGUGCAGGAAAUGGUGAUCGCGCCUACGGUCAAGGUGAUCUGCGGGAAAUGGAUGAUCGAAUGGCACGAUCUGUUUGCCGCCAUGGAGAUCGUGGAGCAGGAGCACGAAGCUUUGAGUAUCAAUCUGCGCCCGUGGACAUCUUUUCUCGCGUUGGGGAUGCAUCGGGAGUGGGAAGCAAGGGGUCAGCGGUGGCCGUUGAGCCUUCUGCUCGAAACCUACCGCCAGGUCGCUUCAACGCUCACGCGGGAUCGAUUUUUCGCCCUGCUCGGCCUGGCCGUGGACGGGGACCGCGACGAGUUCCACCCCAACUACAAGGCCAAGUUUGAAUCGGUGGCCCUCAGAGUCGCCGAAGGUAUCUUGGCUCAGGGGCAAGGUAUCAAGCUGCUCUAUCGGGCAGGGCUCACCGCUCAGUCCGAUCGGUUCCCAUCGUGGCUGCCCGACUGGACGGUCUCGCGGCCCGGCAGUCUUGCCGAUUCCUUAGACCGAGGCCUCGAGUUCGACGCCUGCGCAGGCAUCGAGGGGACGAUCAUUCACGUUCAGGGUGCGGACGAGAUCACGGUUCUGGGCCGCGUCGUGGAUGAGAUCGCGGAAACCACCGCCUCGGCAAACGAGCCCCAAUUCCGCAAGUUGUACUUCGGCGAGAUCGACAAGAUGGUCGAGUCCCUCCGUAAAAGAGUCGCCAAAGGCGAGUUUGGCGAAUGGAGCUGGAAGACGCCGGUCGCAGGGGCCGAAACCCCCAGCCAUGACAGCAGCGUGGACAGAGACACUGGCCUUCGCGAUUCCUACAAGGCUUUCCGACAGCUGCUCAAGAAACCGAAACCAGGUUCGGCCGAGGAGAGCUCGGCCUACGUAUCGUUACUGGAUGACAAAGUCCUUGGGUGGCGCUUCGCACUAACGAAAGAGAACCGCUGCGCGACGAUCCCGCAUCAAGGUCGGCAGGGCGAUAGAGUGUGCAUCCUGCGAAACGGUGCAGUCCCCUUUUUGAUCAGGAGAGCUGGAGAAGCGGGCUGCUACAAUCUGGUAGGAGAAUGCUAUGUGACGGGGAUAAUGCAGGGUGAGCUUCGUGACUCGUUCGGUGGACUUCGCGAUCCCAUUCGGAUACGGUAG